GAGCAAAAGUAAGUUGGAGUUCCUCAAACACGUGUACACGUUGCUACGAAAUAUUUCGCUUUGAAAUGCAGAUGACAGAGGCAAGCAGAAGCAGCUGCAGCCCCAAAGCGAGCGGCAGCAAAGAGAAGACUAGACUGUCCAAGAGUUUCAAGAAGAAAAAGUCUAAUAAGAAGUACGUGAUAACCCAAGCAGGUGUUGCUCAGACUAUGAGCGCGAAUCUUAUAAAGGAGAUGAAGAAGCUGCAGCUCAGCGUCGAAGAUCUGAUACCGAAGAUGACGUUCUGCAGAUUGAUCAAGGAAAUCAUGCAGAAGUACGGUGAGUACCGAAUCCAGGGACAGGCUUUGCAAGGUCUGCAGACCGCAGCUGAAAUGUACAUGGUUCAAAUGUUCGAGGAUAGCAAUAAGUGUACUAUGCAUGCGAGACGCGCCACCCUCCAACCGCCAGACAUGCAGCUCGUUUUGAACAUCAGAUCACGUUACGACGUCGUAGCGACGGACAGUCUGCUAUAAUACCAUUAUUACACACAUUAACUAAUUUAUUUUAUACGAAUUUACAUGAUGGCAAACGCGUCGUUCUGAUUUGCGUUUUGGUAGAAUCAGCAAAUGACGUGGCAUCAUGCAAUCAUCAGGACAGACCGAAUAAUUUUGUUUAUAUUUUAAUAUUUUUAGCUCUUUUUUUUUAAACUUUUAUUUAUACAGACGACUUUUAAAGCUGUUUUAUUUGCUUCAACGUUCAUAUUAUUUGCGUCCAUUGGAAAAUAAAAAUAUUGUACACAACUUUA